GCAAAGCCAAGCAGAACACUAUAUAUCCCACUCCCCGCUUCAGAGAGCGUUAAAAGCGGCUAACGGGUACGCUAAAGCUUAGUAUUAUCACUACAAAUUUCUGAUCCGAAGAACUUUCAAUUUUAGGGAAUUAUUAGGGUUUCACUCCUCUUCGUCUUUCAUAACUGUUACGCUUCCUUUCGAAUUUCAUAGCUAUGGACUCUUCUCUCGUGAUUAAGGCAAAGUAUGGAGAUACGCUCAGGCGUUUCAAUGUUCGUGUCGAUGAGAAUAAUCGACUUGAUCUUAACAUGGCUGGGUUGAGGGCUAAGAUAUGCUCUGUUUUCGGUUUCGCCACUGAUGCUAAUUUCAUUCUGAGAUAUGUGGAUGAGGAUGGUGACUUGGUGAAUCUUGUGGAUGAUGAAGAUUUGCAUGAUGUGAUGAGACAGCAAUUGAAGUUCUUGAGAAUUGAUGUACAUAUGGUGAAUAAUUCUGAUGGGAAAUCUGUUGCUGAUGGCUCUAGUGGAACUAGUGGAAGUGCUACUCCUCUAAGAGCUAAUCCUGUCUCAGACCCGUUUCUUGCUGAUGCUUUGCGAGCUCUGCCAGAGCCGAUGCGCGAGGCUCUUUAUUCGUCAUUUUCAAAAGCCGCGAAUUCAAAUCCAGUGCUUGCAAAUAUUGCUGAUUCAAUUUCCAAAAUUGGACAAUCCAUUCUAAAGCCUCAAGGAAAUUCUGAUACUGCAGGUGGCUCAGGCUCAAACAAAGGUGUUCCCGGUGAAUCUGUCACUCCAGAAGCAAAAGGUCCACAGUCUCCAUCUGUGGAUUCUGCUUCUGCUGUUUCAUAUGUUGUGCCAAAAGCACCGCAGGAGGCUCUAUUGCGUUCAAAAGUUUUAUCUGCAAGACAAGGGCAGGAGGCUCUAUCUACUGCAUCACCUGCAAAACAAGUGCAGGAUGCUCUAUCUAGUUUAUCACUCUCAAAAGCUGCAUCUGCACGACAACUGCUUCGCAACUUAUCUAAUAACCGGGGCCCAUCUUUUGCACCUGGCCCAAGCUCCAAAAAUAAUCUUGGUGAAGAACUAGUCACUUCCGAAUCAAGAGGUCCGCAGUUUCCAUUUCUGGGCUCUGUUUCCGGUGUCAAUAGCCAGGCGGCACCCUACAAUGUCAGACAACAUGUUGAGGCCGAAAACAUGAAUGGAAAUGUACUGGGGGCCUCCGGUGCUGGUCGACAGGUGGAGUCUGGAAAUGCAGGAAUUGCUCCGGUUGAUCUCAGUUCAUCAACUAAUGUAAAUAGAGUACCACUCUCAUCUGCAGUUCCUGUUAGUGCUGACAAGGGUAAAGCGUCUUUUGUUGACAGUGUUGUUAGUAAGGAUGAAAAAGUUCCUGAUAAUGUUAACAAGGGUAAAGCGUCUAUUGAUGACAGUUUUACCAAGAAUCCUGCUAUAAGUUUCGGUGCUCCUAUUGACUGCCCAUUUUCUGGGACACAUACUCCUUAUCCAAUGCCACCUCCGCUAGGUAACUUUCGCUUUAAAAGGAGCCACAGUCACUCUGAUGCAUCGAAUGGUAUGUUUCACAAGGGUGUCCGCUGUGAUGGCUGUGGAGUGUAUCCAAUAACUGGACCUCGUUUCAAAUCCAAAAUAAAAGAAAACUAUGACCUCUGCAGUAUUUGCUUCAAUGAAUUUGGUAAUCAGACUGAUUAUAUCAGGAUGGACCGUCCUGCUUCUUUUCGGGGUCCAAGAUGUUUAUAUCAGAAUACCAGAGAAUUUAGGCUUCCAAAGAUAGCACCACAUAUUAUUUUAAAAACAGGUGCGAAGCAUGGAAGGCCAAGGCUAGAUAGUCGGUUCAUUUUGGAUGUCAAUGUUAUAGAUGGUACAAUGAUGGCUCCAUCUACUGCGUUCACUAAGAUCUGGCGGAUGCGCAACAAUGGCACAACAGCGUGGCCCAAGGGAACUCAACUUGUUUGGAUUGGAGGGGACAAAUUAAGUGAAUUAGAUUCUGUUGACUUGGAGGUUCCCGAUUCUGGUGUAUCCUCAGAGAUGGAGCUUGACAUUGCAGUUGAUUUUAUUGCACCCCAGUUACCUGGUAGAUACAUAUCAUACUGGAGGAUGUCAUCUCUCUCUGGACAUAAAUUUGGCCAACGGGUUUGGGUCCUUAUACAGGUUGAUGCUUCUCUCAAGGACUCAUUCUAUGAUAGCUCUCAAGGCUUAAACUUGAAUAUUCCCCUUGGUGUGGGUAGCUCUGAAGAGCCUCAGAUUAUAGAUAUCAAUGUUCAACCUGUUGAGGAUGAUGCUUUUCAUCAACCCAAAAAUCCUAAUGCUCCACCUGAACCUGUGAGUCAAAUGGUUGAUAAGGAACUAAGGCAGGAACUGGGAAAUGAAUUUCCUACAAAUAAAGCUACAUUUGUUGGCCCUGCCGCCUCAGCCCCUAAGAUUUCGGAAGCAUCUUCAUCUGUUUCUUACCCCAUCAUUGAUUUCUCUGGCUCAGCCCCUACAAUUUCUGCUGCACCUCCAACUGUUUCUUAUCCCAUAAUAGACUUAUCUGGCACAACCCCAGCUGUUCCUUCCAACCAGCAAGCCUCAACCGAGGAUGCACUAUCAUCAUCUCUAGGCAGAUUGGUUGUAGGGGAUAGAAAUGAUUCUGUGGAAGAGGCUCUCCUUAAAGAGCUUGAGGAGAUGGGUUUUAAGCAGAUUGAUUUAAACAAAGAGGUUCUGAGAAUGAAUGAGUACAAUCUGGAGCAGUCAAUAGAUGAACUCUGUGGUGUUUCUGAGUGGGAUCCUCUCCUUCAAGAGUUGCACGAUAUGGGUUUCCAUGACAGAGAGACUAACAAGAGGCUGCUGUUGAAGAAUGAAGGAAGCAUUAAGCGUGUUGUUAUGGACUUGAUCAAUGGAGAAUAGGUUUUAAUCAUAUUUUAGUUAUUAUAUUAUGGAUGUUUAAUUAGAAGAAGUACGUUUCAGGAGAACGCCGAAUAAUAGUAGGCACACUACUAUAUAAUUUCCUUGAAUCGAUCUUGUCUUGUGGUGCUGUGUCAGUGGAAUUAGACAAUUGAUCGAUCUCAUGUUUUAUGCAUAUAUAUAAAAGACAAGAGACUAUGCUCUAUUUAUAUGUCUCAAGACUGUUUGUAUGUUUAUUGUUAUGAGCCUAUAUAUGUUUAUUCUUAAGAA